AUUUAGUAUUUUGGCUAAUGAUCCUAUCUGGCAAUGUUUAUUUGUGCUCCACUCCUCCCACAGUGAUGACAGAUCAACCGGCCACGUAGUAGAACGAUUCAACAAUCCUCACAACAAAAUGCCGCUGAAACUAGAUAUCAAGAGAAGGCUUACCGCCCGUUCGGAUCGCGUGAAAAGUGUCGACUUGCAUCCAACAGAGCCAUGGAUGUUGGCCUCCUUGUAUAAUGGAAAUGUGCAUAUUUGGAACCAUGAAUCACAACAAAUCAUCAAAUCUUUUGAGGUUUGUGACCUGCCUGUUCGUGCUGUCAAGUUUGUCCCAAGGAAAAACUGGGUUGUUAGUGGUUCUGAUGAUAUGCAGGUCAGAGUGUUCAACUACAACACACUUGAUCGUGUGACAGCAUUUGAAGCUCAUUCAGACUAUGUUCGUUGCAUUGCUGUGCACCCCACUCAACCCUUUCUAUUAACUAGUAGUGAUGAUAUGUCAAUUAAGUUGUGGAAUUGGGAAAAGAACUGGGCAUGCCAACAAGUCUUUGAGGGUCACACCCAUUAUGUUAUGCAGAUUGUCAUCAAUCCAAAGGAUAACAAUACAUUUGCUACUGCAUCUCUUGAUAGAACAGUCAAGGUCUGGCAGUUGGGCUCGAAUACACCGAAUUUCACUCUUGAAGGCCACGAGAAAGGAGUAAAUUGCGUCGACUAUUACCACGCCGGCGACAAACCUUACUUAAUUUCAGGUGCAGAUGAUCGGCUUGUUAAAAUUUGGGAUUACCAGAAUAAAACCUGCGUCCAAACUUUGGAAGGGCAUGCACAGAAUAUUUCUUCUGUUGCCUUCCACCCCGAACUUCCAAUUCUGCUUACUGGAUCUGAAGAUGGAACAGUCAGAGUAUGGCAUUCAAAUACCUACCGGUUGGAGACUACUCUCAAUUAUGGGCUGGAGCGUGUCUGGACCAUUUGUUGUUUGCCUGGGUCUAAUAACAUCGCUUUGGGUUACGAUGAAGGAUCUAUCAUGAUUAAAUUGGGCCGAGAGGAACCUGCAAUGUCCAUGGAUCAAAGCGGUAAAAUUAUCUGGGCCAAACAUUCAGAGAUCCAGCAGGCCAAUCUCAAAGCGCUGCCGGACUCGGAGAUCAAGGAUGGAGAACGUCUUCCUCUUGCCAUCAAGGAUAUGGGUGCCUGCGAGAUUUACCCUCAAACUGUCGCUCACAAUCCAAACGGAAGAUUCGUCGUUGUUUGUGGUGACGGCGAGUACAUCAUCUAUACAGCUAUGGCUCUGCGAAACAAAGCUUUCGGUUCAGCUUUGGAGUUUGUGUGGGCAGUGGACUCAUCCGAGUAUGCUGUUCGUGAAAGUGCCACGUCGGUCAAAGUUUUUAAGAACUUCAAGGAAAAGAAACAAUUCAAACCAGAGCUGGGAGCCGAAGGAAUCUUUGGUGGAGCAAUGCUUGGGGUCCGGUCUACCAACAGCUUAGCUUUUUACGAAUGGGACAAUCUGACACUGAUUCGUCGGAUUGAGAUCCAGCCACGUGGUGUGUAUUGGUCGGAAAAUGGUGAAUUAGUUUGCAUUUCUACCGAAGACAGCUAUUUUGUUUUGCGUUAUGAUGCUGAUGCCGUGGCCAAAAGCCUUGAGACCAAAGAAGGCUUGACCGACGAUGCCGGAAUUGAGACGGCGUUCGAAAUGUUAUCUGAAGUGCAAGAAAGUGUUAAGACGGGACUUUGGGUGGGCGAUUGCUUUAUCUACACCAACAGUGCCAACCGAUUAAAUUAUUACGUCGGUGGGGAAAUUGUCACCGUGGCCCAUCUCGACAGAGUGAUGUACUUGUUGGGCUACAUUCCCAAGGACAAUAGUCUUUACUUGGGCGACAAGGAACUAAAUGUAGUUUCCUACGGUCUGCAACUCUCGGUGCUUGAAUAUCAAACCGCAGUUAUGCGACGAGACUUCGAAACAGCUGACCGAGUGCUCCCGUCGGUUCCCAAAGAGCAACGCACUCGAGUGGCUCAUUUUCUUGAGAAGCAGGGAUUCAAAGAACAGGCAUUGGCAGUCUCCGCUGAUCCUGAACAUCGCUUCGAACUGUCACUUCAGCUUGGUCAAUUGCAACUGGCCUACCAACUAGCCUGCGAGGCUCAGAGUGAGCACAAGUGGAAACAACUUGCUGAUCUGGCCACAACCAAAUGUCAGUUUGAGUUGGCUCAAGAGUGUCUUCACAAGGCACAGGAUUUCGGAGGACUCCUACUUUUGGCUACAGCAUCCGGUAAUGCCGAAAUGGUGCAGCGAUUAGGUGAUGACGCAAUUGGAGCUGGCAUGAACAACGUUGCCUUUUUGACGCGCUUCCUGAGUGGCGAUUUGAACGCUUGCCUUGAGAUUUUGAUCAACACCCAACGCAUUCCCGAGGCUGCCUUCUUUGCUCGCACUUAUCUGCCUAGCCAAAUCUCGCGCGUCGUCCAGCUCUGGAAGCUCAGUCUUAGCCAGGUCAAUGCAAAAGCUAGCCAAAGCCUGGCUGAUCCUGCCCAGUAUGACAAUCUCUUCCCUGGCUUGAUGGAUGCUCUCAAGACGGAACAGUUUCUUGAACAGAGACGCCAACAGUUGCCGGCCUCGGCUUACUCUUCGCUGCCCAACAAUUGGGAGAGACACCCAGUAGAGGAGAUGAGACUAGCCGAACAGAACGAUCAAUUCCAUCAUGUUACGCCCGCUAAAGUGUCCUUUGUGGAGGAGGAGAAGGAAGUUGAAGAAACCAAUGAGCAAACGAAUUUGAAUCCUUCCGCCGGUUCGCUCCUCAUACCAGAACCUGCGGGAGCUGCCGCCGCCAGCCAACCUAAAAAUCUUCUAGAUGACGACGAAGAAGAUUUCCAGCCUGCAGUUUCUGAACCAGCCCAGGGCACCAGCCAACUUGACCAAGAUCUGGAGCUUGACUUGGAAAAUUUGGAGCUAGAUGAUAACGUCGAUACGUCGGAAGUGAAUUUGGACGACGAUCUACUCGACGAUUAAAAAUAUGGAAGUGAACCACCCCAAUUAUUAUUCAAAUUUUUUUUUUACAAAUAUUUUGUCCGUAUUUUGUUCAAGUUUUCAGCUUUCUCUUGAAGGAACAAUGUUGUCUUGUGAGACAUCUCCAACACUGAUGUGGAAGACAAUGUCGAUAUUCCAGUUAAUUUGAAUUGAAGUGUUUCGCCGUUCCAUCUUUCGCUACAAACGAAACAAUUCUACAUACAUUCUUGUUAUACUUGAACUAGAUGAGUUGAGUUCAAUAUAAAAAAAAAAGUACUAUCCUUCA